CAAGCACUAAGCAUGUGAAAAUAAAUGACCCUCGCAGUGAUGAUCAAUUUCAAAUAAGGAAGGCAAGGGAGCCUCUAAGCAUCAACAUCGCUGCAUUUGAACACACUCUACUGAGGCUCGAUCACACAAGUAUUUUAUCAGCCACGGAAAAUUUUAGCACAAAUUGUAUCAUUGGAAAUGGGGGCUUUGGAACAGUAUACAAGGGAAAACUACCACGCGGACGGGAAAUCGCUGUCAAGAGGCUUUAUGGAAGCUGCAACAUGCCUGGAGAUCGCGAAUUCUUUGCUGAAAUGGAAACACUUGGAAAGAGACAUCAAAUCCAGCAACAUACUGCUGGAUAAGAACAUGGACGCACGAGUUUCUGAUUUUGGGCUAGCGAGGAUCAUAAGUGCAUGUGAGACACAUGUCAGCACAAUGUUAGCUGGCACAUUCGGGUACAUACCACCAGAAUAUGGGCAAGCAAUGGUGGCUACAACAAAGGGAGACAUCUACAGUUUUGGGGUGGUGAUGCUUGAGCUAGUAACAGGGCGUGCACCAAUAGGACAGGCAGAUGGCGAAGGCGGCAACCUAGUUGGUUGGGUUAGGUGGAUGGAGAAAAAAGGAAAGGAAAGCGAGAUUUUAGAUCCGUGCUUCUUGGGCUCUUCAAUUUCAUUGAAGAACCAGAUGCUGUGUGUUCUUCGCAUCGCCCAGUCUUGUACAUGUGAUGAACCCUCGAAGCGGCCUACAAUGCUUCAAGUUGUGAAACUUCUCAAUGAUGCCAAAAUUUAAUGAAACAAUUCUUUCUAUAUUACCACAUUAGAAGUUUAGCUACUAUAUUGUAAGCCAUGAAAAGUCUCACCUAUUCAAUUUAUUAUCCUACAUGUGGACUAAAAUAUUAACUACACAUUAUGACAAAACUUAUAAGUAGAAUAGUAGAUGACACAUUUUGUUCAAGCCUAUAUCCGUCAUAACAGUAAGCGAGAAUGUCGGCUUGAGUAACGCAAACAUUGGUGAGAAUCCAAUGCCCCGAAAACCUAAGGGUA